AUCUUAGAAAAAUCUAGGGCUAUUUAAGCAAUUUCAAUUUUCCUAAACAAAAUUCGACGCUGCCGCCGGUAAAAAUUGAGCUCGUGAAAGCUUUACCCGGGAGAAGUGAAAAAUCAUCAGAGUUUUUGAGAAAUUCUUCCAAGCGACGGAGAGAUGUCGGAGAUGGAGGUGGAGAAACCGGAUUUGACAUUGUACAACACAAUGACUCAACUGAAGGAAGUUUAUAAGCCGAUGAAUCCCGGCAAAAUCGGAAUCUAUGUAUGCGGUAUCACCGCUUACGAUUAUAGCCACAUUGGCCACGCUCGUGCCGCCGUGUCCUUCGACCUCCUUUACAGGUCAGUUCCAUAGUUUUCGCCGUAGGAUUGUUGUUUAAUUUGAAUUUCUUUAGGUCACGAAUUUGGGGAAAAAUCCCAACAAUUUAAAACUAAUUUUGUCUAUUGUUAGCUUCGAUUAACAAUGUACUAAGCUUAGAGACAUUUGAAGCUGGUAUUUAUCUCUCUAGUGUACUGGUUGAUUAUGCAGAUACUUAAGGCACUUGGGUUAUCAAGUUACUUAUGUCAGAAAUUUUACAGAUGUUGAUGACAAGGUCUGGUAUCCUUUUCUGCGUUUUGAAACUAGAGCAAUGAACACCAAAUAAUCCUCCUGUUUAUCAAACUCUGAAUACUGUACCUGCAAGUAAUUGAAAAGGCUAAAAACUGUGGAGAGAAGCCGUUAGAUUUGAGUAAUCGCUUUUGCGAGGAGUAUCUUUUAGAUAUGGCUGCUCUUCAGUGCCUCCUUCCCACCCACCAGCCUCGUGUCAGUGAUCAUAUGGAACAGAUCAUUAAGAUGAUAGAAAAGAUCAUUGAGAAUGGAUGUGGGUAUGCUGUGGGUGGUGAUGUGUUCUUCUCAGUGGACAAAUCACCGAGUUAUGGUCAGUUAUCUGGUCAACGGCUGGAUCAUACUCAAGCUGGUAAGCGUGUUGCUGUUGACUCAAGGAAGCGUAAUCCUGCUGACUUUGCAUUACGGAAGGCUGCAAAAUCUGGUGAACCAAGUUGGGAGAGCCCUUGGGGUCAUGGAAGACCAGGAUGGCACAUCGAGUUUGACAUUCAUGGUGGUGGCGCAGAUCUCAAAUUCCCGCACCAUGAAAAUGAGAUCGCCCAGACAUGUGCUGCUUGUGAAGAUAGUGGUGUGAACUACUGGUUGCAUAACGGGCAUGUCACCAACAACAAUGUGAAGAUGGGAAAAUCAUUGAACAACUUUUUUACGAUUAGACAAAUCGCGGCUAACUAUCAUCCACUGGCUUUGAGACAUUUCUUGAUGAGUGCACAGUACCGUUCUCCUCUCAACUAUUCGGUUUCGCAGCUUGAGAGUUCAUCGGAUGCUUUAUACUCUCUAUCGCCAUAUCGAGAAGAAAUGAGUGGAGAUGUUGGAAAGACUCAACAGUCUGCAGAAGCCAAAGAGAUGAUAAAGAAGGUGAAAAACGCAUUGAAAUUCAUCAACGUUUCAAUCUCCAAGCUCAAGAAAAUGCAGAAGAAGCAGCGGAUGUCGCUGGUAGUGUCACUGGUCGAGGUUGAGAAGGCAGUGAGGGAAGUUCUUGAUGUGCUUGGUUUGCUCACGACUCUAAGCUACGGUGAGCUUUUGAAAGACAUGAAACAAAAGGCAUUAACAAGAGCAGGAAUGGGAGAAGAAGAGGUCUUGCAGAGGAUUGAAGAAAGGAAUAUGGCCCGGAAGAGCAAAGAUUUCAGGAGAAGCGAUCGGAUUCGAGAGCUGUUGGCAUUUAAAGGAAUCUUCCUCGAGGAUGUUCCUGGAGACACUGUGUGGAGACCUUCCACCCCAUUGACCAAGCCUAAAUCUGGUUUAGGUUUAGGCAUGACAGCCAUCGUUUUUGCUAUCGUUUUUACUUUCUUAGGCUUCUUCUUCUAUAGCCGUUGA